AUGGGGAAAAUUCCGUCGUCGUUUCGCUCUAUGACGUCGACGCAACUGGUGAAGAAACCAACAACAUUUCCUCCAGCGCCGCCGCCGCGAGAUUUUCGCAACAGAGUCUCCGGGAGAGAAUCUGUCAAAACUCCUCAAAACACCGAUCAAGGCUCCUCCCGCGAGCCCCUGAGAAACCCUUUCAAGACCCCAGAUCUAUCUGACGCCAAAUCCCUCUUCAAUUCGAUCGCCUCCACUUCUAAAAUCCCUCUCGAUCUCAAAUUCCACAACUCCGUCCUCCAAUCCUACGCCUCGAUCGCCGCCGUCGACGACACGGUGAAUCUGUUCACGCACAUCCUCAAGUCUCAGCGUAAUUUCUCCCCGGAGCCUUCUACUUUCCACAUUUUGCUCUCACACGCUUGCAAAGCUCCCGAUUCACCUCUUUCGAAUGUCCAUCGAGUGCUCAACCUCAUGGUGAACAACGGCGUCGAGCCUAAUCAGGUAACAACCGAUAUCGCCGUCCGAUCUCUCUGCGAAUCGGGUCGGAUCAUAGACGCCAUGGAUUUGACGAAGGAGCUCUCGGAGAAGCACUCGCCUCCAGACACAUACACUUACAACUUUCUCCUGAAGCAUUUGUGCAAGUGCGAAUCACUGAGUCUCGUUUACGAAUUCGUCGAUGUGAUGAAGAAGUCUUUCAAGGUGGAGCCAGAUCUUAUCAGCUACACCAUCUUGAUCGAUACCGUCUGCAAUUCCAAGAAUCUGAGAGAGGCGAUGAGAUUGGUUAGUCUGUUAGGCAAUGCUGGGUUUAAGCCUGAUUGUUUCCUCUACAACACGAUUAUGAAAGGCUAUUGCACACUGAGCAAAGGGAGCGAGGCCAUUGGUGUGUACAAGAAGAUGAAGGAAGAAGGUGUUGAGCCGGAUCGUGUUACUUACAAUACUUUGAUAUUUGGACUGUCGAAAUGUGGGAGAGUUGAGGAAGCGAGGAAGUAUAUGGAGACUAUGGUUGAAUCGGGGUACGAGCCGGACGCUGUGGCUUACACGUCGCUGAUGAACGGAAUGUGUAGAAAAGGCGAGACUUUAGGUGCGUUGAGCUUGUUAGGAGAGAUGGAAGCGAAAGGGUGUGCUCCAAACGCUUGCACGUAUAACACUCUGCUUUACGGAUUGUGCAAGGCGAGGUUGAUGGACAAAGGGAUAGAGUUGUAUGGUUUGAUGAGAUCAAACGGUGUGAAGCUUGAGAGUAGUGCUUAUGCCACGCUUGUGAGGACUCUUGUUAGGAGUGGGAAGGUCGCUGAGGCUUAUGAAGUUUUUGAUUAUGCGGUUGAGAGCAAGAGUUUGACUGAUGCUUGUGCUUACUCCACGCUUGAGAUCUCUUUGAAAUGGCUGAAGAAGGCGAAAGAACAAGGCUUGGUUGUCUAA